AUCAAUGUCCGCCAUAUUGAAUAAGGAAAUAAGAGUGGAAGAGGAGGUACGUCCCGGAUGCAUGUAAACAUCCACGUCAACAGAAAGUGUGUUAAUGAAUCAGUUAUAAAGGGACGGAAGGGCGCAACUAUAGACAUUAUCGGCUCUGGCGGAUGUAUAAUUAAAAGACUGUUAAACCCGGUGGUGUUUUUAGGUUUCUGCAAACAAUGACUUCCCUAACGCAGAGAAACUCGGGCCUGGUGCAGAGACGGACCGAGGCCUCGCGUAGCGCCGCCGCCGCGGAUAAGGAGAAAAGCCCCGACGAGGAUGAGCACGAGUCCCGCCGCGGAGAAGAGGACGACGACGACAAGGGAGACGCUAAAGAAACGCGUCUGACUUUGAUGGAAGAGGUGCUGCUGCUCGGACUGAAGGACAGAGAGGGUUACACAUCAUUCUGGAAUGACUGCAUAUCGUCUGGACUGAGAGGGUGUAUGCUUAUUGAACUGGCUAUAAGAGGACGCUUGCAACUGGAGGCAUCUGGAAUGAGGAGGAAAAGCCUGCUAUCCAGAAAGGUUAUAUGUAAAUCUGAUGCCCCCACUGGAGACAUGUUGCUAGACGAGGCAUUGAAGCAUGUUAAAGAGACUCAGCCUCCUGAGACAGUCCAGAGCUGGAUUGAGUUGUUAAGUGGUGAAACCUGGAAUCCGUUGAAGCUGCAUUACCAGUUGCGAAAUGUGAGAGAGCGCUUGGCUAAGAACUUGGUGGAGAAGGGCGUCCUCACCACAGAGAAGCAAAACUUCCUGCUUUUUGACAUGACCACCCACCCGCUCACCAACAACACCAUCAAGCAGCGGCUGGUGCGCAAGGUCCAGGAGGCCGUCCUGGAGAAAUGGGUCAAUGAUCCUCAACGGAUGGAUAAGCGUGUACUGGCGCUGCUGUUCCUGGCACAUUCCUCUGAUGUUCUAGAAAAUGCCUUCGCUCCUCUGCUGGACGACCAGUACGAUCUGGCCAUGAAGAGGGUGCGGAUGCUUCUGGAUCUUGAGCCCGAGGCUGAAGCUGCCAAGUCGGGCGCCAACGAGCUGCUGUGGGCGGUGGUGGCCGCUUUCACCAAAUGAACCUCCAGAGUAGAGAGAAAGGGACUCAACUUUGUGCUCAUGGCAUUGAACUCAGACCGCUGGCCCCAAGCUUGGUUGAUUCGAACUAAUAUUGGUGAUGGUGAUGAUGGAAAUACAAAUUUUGAAGGAGAUGACGAUGCUGAUGAUGACGAUACUUGGAAAGGGACAGCUUUAUCUCAUUGUCACAGUUUUGUCUCUGACCUUCACAAAGGUGUUGCCCUGUCUACUUCAAAUGGCCAAUAGUUGCUACAUGAUUGCAAUUCACUGUGAGGCUUCUUGUAGUUCAUGCACUUAUAGAUCAUAAAGUUCACACAAGAACAAAAAUUUGCGCUUUGAAGGAGGUGGGUUUUUAAAGGGUCUGUACUUUAAUAGGCCGUGACUCUAAUCUUAAUCCAGAUCCUGGUAUAAUUCAACAGUUAUCUCAAACUCCAUGUAUCUUUGAAUGAGGAGCCACUUCUUCUGAACACACAGGCUUGUCGUGAUUACAUGAAAAGGUCCUGUUUGGGUUGUAUUUGCAUAAUCAGCAGGAAAUGUUCUAUUAACUUCUGCUACCUGAAAUAGGUCUUGAGUUGAAAGAAAAUAAAUCAUUUCACGUUUCAAAAGACUGAAAAGCAAGCAUCGGUUAUUCUUCGGUGCUUUAAAGAUACGUGACCCUGCUUCCAUACAAGUCUUCUUUCCAGAAAUGCUCGAAGAAUAAAAUGUUCUAAUGUGUGCUAAUUUUUAAACACUUUUUUUUUUUGCUUGGCGUUUCACAUCAGCCUGUGUAUGAGCUGACUAUAACUUGAUUGGGAUUAUUAUAUUACUCUCAGCCUUUUAGUUCUUUGUUUGGCUGAUCAAAUUUGGUUCAUCUCUCCAAUACAAGAUCCACAGUUCAUUCUGACAACGAAUGGCUCCGGUUUAUACUCUAAUACACCACAAACAGGUCAAGGAAGCAUUGAGUUCACAAAUACACCUUAAAUCAAACGUCUGGGUUUAAGUUGCCUCACAACUUCAUUCAUUUCAUGCAAAAGGCCAGUCAAACACUAGCAGAGCCCCAACUUUAAUAAAGGCUUUCACUCCCAAGGCCUUUUCAUAGUGAUCACUGCAUUGAUGUAGACGUCUCGUCACAUAUAUAUGGCUUUCUUCAUGUCAUAAUCUCUCCUCUCGCUAUAUUUCCAAUUUUUAUACUAUGUUUUUAAUCAUUUUUAUUUUUGUUCCUUCCUUUAGCUGUUAGCAAUAUUUCAGAGUUAUUUGUCCUGUUUUUGGUUGUCUCUUGUUCUGAAAGAGUACAGGUAAAGCACAGGGUAGGGAUAUGCCCUUCCUGUGUAAGCAAGCAGGUGUUUGACAUGAUUUACUCUUAGUAAACAAUAAUUAAUGAGCUGUAAAAGUAGAGAUUGUGUGAAAUAGAUGCCCUGAUUUGUACAUCUGCUUUUUAUCAUAUAAUAAAGGAAUAUCUUUAAGUGCCUGGAAGGUAUA